AUUCAUACAAUUGUAAAAUAAAAAUACUCGAAGAUAAUGACUGACGAGAGCGUGAAUAUAUCAGCCAAAACAAGAGCCAGAGCUCUAGAACCAAUUAACAAACAUGGAUACAUGGAUGGUGCAGCUGAUGGACAGAAUGCUGCAUUUCAAACCAGUUUUAACAUUGGCUAUGAACAAGGUUUUAACUUUGGCACGGAGUUAGGAUUCAAUGAAACUCUAGCACAAUACCAAAAUGAACCACCGGUGCUGAAUUUGCAAGAUCCAAGACGGAUAAAUUGUCAAAUGUGUAUAACUGGGUCAGGAGCUCAGGAGAACAUUGUCAAUUUAUACAACGCACAAAAAGAAAAGAAUGAUCUCUAUUUAAGUAAACAAUCAAAUAAAGGGGAAUGA